UAGAGUUGUAUGAUAUUUCCAAUGUAUAGUAGGGCUUUUCCUUCAUACAAUUUUUUGUUUCUUUUGUCUUACUUCACACGUUAAUGAAAAAUGUAUUAUCCUUCGAUACGUAAAUGUCUACGUGUGUAUAUAUGUAGUGAAGCAUCAUAAAGUGGAAAAGAUAAUAAUAAGUUUCAUAAUCCUGGGAUACAACACAUGUCCCUGUUUAUUGCUGAACAUGUUUGCUACUUGCUACUAUACUUGACCAUUUUUUUGCGUAACGAAGAACUGCUAUCAAACUAGGGGGAACAAUUUUAAUAUUUAAUCUGUGUCUCUCGUCAAGUAGUUAAGGUCUUGUUACAAGCAUGCAUGAUAAUGGCAGUCUACCUUAAAUUCUAAAAAAUGAAUAAAAUUGUUCACGUACAUUAGUCAAUUACACCGACAUUCCCACACAUAGAAGUAAUAACGAGCAUAUCAUUAAAAGACUUUUUUGCUUUAGUUUAUCGAUUUCAUAUUCGAAAUUUUGAUAUUUGAAUUCAGGACAUCCUGUGUAUAUGUAUUCAUACUUUAUCCCAGAGAUCUACGAAUGUUCUUAGAAUGUUGUCAGGACAUCCUUCAGAACAUCCCUUGGACAUCUGUGUUAUAUGAGUACCUCUCAAUAUCUUUCAAUAGUUUAAUAUUUUAGCAAUAUGGUUUAUAAGUUCUCUUGUCGAUUUCAAAUGCAAUAGCAAAAGAUUGGGUAAUAUUUAAGCUGGACAAACUGGGCGCAGAGAAAAACGUGAUAAUAUGAGACUAGCACAAAUUACUCGAUUAAUCAUGGUCACUGGAAAUAUUGUCAAGGUAAUAACAUUUCGGUAUACGUAAGAUAUAUAAUGAAUUUCGGAUUACGGAUCACAAUAAACUGUUACUGCUGAAGACAUAUCACUUCUACGAUACAAAUAAGAGUCCGCAGUUUUACGUAAAAUAUGUGUUAUGAUCAGCUUUAUAAAGAUAAUAAAUAUCAAGAGACAUGGUAGAUUGGCGAGUGUCUCGCGCCAAGUAAACGCGCAGCGCGAGGUUGUAUUUACCCGUGAUAUAUAUAAAAGAGAUACAUAUAUUUGAAACACACAGUAAAAUGUUAUAUUAUCUUCUCUUUUUUGUCUACAAUAUUUUUAAGUUUUUGACUGGUGUAAAGAAUCCAUUAAAUAUACAACCACAUUUCGAAGAAAAAACAUAUAUUGCGAAGCACUAUAAAGUAUGAAUAAAAUUUGAACAUUUGACGAACUUAUAAUGUACAGAGGUGCAAUAUUUUUCAUCUCUUCUAAUAUUAAAUAAGUAAUAAACGAUAUUGUCACAUACAAUAUAUGCUUGUAAAGUCUUCUGCGUUACCAACAUUGGAGACAGUGUGUCUUAAUAUUUAAUGUAACGUUGGACGAAGUUGCAGAGUUUUCAUACUUGUACAGGGAGCAUGCGCAACAAUUGUUUUAUACUAUAUGCUGGAAAAAACGGGACAUUACUCUUCAAGUUGUCAACAUGGACAUUACCGAAUCAUCAGGUUACAGAGAUUUCGUGUGGGCAAUUGAACUUCAUCGCUUAGGUUUGGAAAUAAUUGGAUUGUGGUCUAACAGUGAAAAAUUUAAGAAAAGUUUGUGGCCAAAAAUUCGGGUCGGCGUUAUUUCAAUUUUAUUAAUAUUUAUUUCUAUUCCGACGAUAUGUGCAGUAAUGCGUGUUUGGGGCGAUAUGAUACUUCUAAUAGACAAUUUACAGAUUACAAUACCUAUACUGAUAGUAUCUGUGAAAUAUGUUAUCUUGCGAUGGAAACAAACAGUUCUCUGGUCAAUUAUGAAUAUGAUAGCGGAAGACUGGAUGGCAUUUAAACUGGAUGGAGAAAGAAAUGUGAUGAUAAAACGAGCACAAAUAGCGCGUUUUAUUAUGAUAAUUGGAUACGUUCUCGCAAUAAUAGGGUUUCUCUCAGUAAUUGUUCCUCCUUAUUUUGGCAUUCAAAUAAUGUACGCCACAAAUUUUUCGAACCAGAGCAAAUUGUUACCGUUGGAGACGUUUCAUUUCUACGAUACAGAUAAGAGUCCGCAGUAUGAAUUGACAUUUUUUAUUCAUGUUAUAACAACUUUAUUAGCAGCUAUUAUUUAUAUGUCUGUAGAUAUGCUUUUGAUACUAAUAAUUCUUCACAUUUGCGGUCAGUUAGAAAACUUCAAAUAUCGAUUACUUAAUUUGGUUUUGUGCAAAAAUUUCAACAAAGUUCUAAAUAAUAUUAUAGCGACUCAUCUACGACUUAUCAGGUACGAAUUUUUAUUGCAACAAAAAGUUUAACAAAAUAAUUUUAGGAAUAUAC